CUUCGGGAGACGCUCCAAUUCCGGAUCAGUCUUUUAACUUGCUAUUAAAUUUCAUCUACUGAAAAUGAAUUAAUGAGGAGUUAUUCACAACAGUUGUUUGAAUAUUGUCAUAUAAUGAACGUCUGACCUAGGACACAUUUUAAAAGAUUGUUAAGAUGCCGUCUGAUACUUCUAGUCUUUUCAAGGAACUAACACUCAAGGAUGCUGAGAAAGCCUUGGCAGCGGAUUUGGAUUUGCUUGUUAAUACUAUACCAAAUUCAUCUCCAGAAAAAGAAGCGUUCAUAAACCAAAUGAUAUCUUUCAAAGAGUUGUUUAAGCAAUAUUUACAUGACAAAACACAAAAAUUCGAUUGGAAUAUGAUGGAACCUGUUCCAUCUGAAAGUAUUAAAAUGUACGAUGCCCUUCAAGUUCCUACCAACCGUGAAGUAAUCCGUCAACAGUUAAAUAAGUUAGUAGUAGUGAAACUAAAUGGUGGCUUGGGUACAACAAUGGGUUGUACUGGACCCAAAUCCUUAAUUUCUGUCCGAAGUAAUCUUACUUUUCUUGACUUGACUGUACAACAAAUCGAGAGACUAAAUAAUGAAUACGGAACUAGUAUUCCCUUGGUUUUGAUGAAUUCCUUCAAUACACAUAGUGAAACUGAAAAGGUUUUACGCAAAUACCAGCAAGUUAAUGUUCAAAUUUUGACGUUUUUACAGAGCUGCUAUCCUCGUCUGAAUCGUGAGUCAUUACUUCCUAUUGCUAAAUGUGCUGGUCAGGAAAGUCAUGAUUCUGGAACAAAGACUUCUAAAGAUAUGAACUAUAAUCCGGAAGAAUGGUAUCCUCCUGGACAUGGUGAUUUCUAUCGUAGUUUUGUUGCUUGUGGAUUAGCAGAGAAAAUGAUAGCUAUUGGUAAACAAUGGGUUUUCUUGUCUAAUAUUGAUAAUCUUGGAGCAACUGUUGAUCUAAAUAUUUUAAAUUUUUUAAUGAAUAAAGAAUCUCAUUAUGAUAAACAAUCACCAGAGUUUGUUAUGGAAGUAACUGAUAAAACACGAGCUGAUGUUAAAGGUGGUACAUUAACCCAAUAUCGUGGACAUUUGAGACUUUUAGAAUUAGCUCAGGUCCCUGAAGAACAUGUGGAUGAUUUUGCUAGUGUACGAACAUUUAAAAUAUUUAAUACUAAUAAUCUUUGGAUUGAUUUACAAGCUUUACAUCGUAGUGUUAAACAAAAAACUUUACAAAUGGAAAUUAUAGUCAAUCCUAAAACUUUAGAUUCUGGUACAAAUAUAUUACAAUUAGAAGAGGCUGCAGGAGCUGCUAUCAAGUCAUUUAAUGGUGCUUUUGGUAUUCUUUUCCUGACUAACGUCAUGUACUACUUAUGUCAAUAUAAGUAGCACAUGCCACAAUACCAGGGAGUCGAUUGCAUUGAUUUCAAGAAAAAAACGAUGGAUAAUUAGUUACUUUAAUGGUAGUUUAUUUUUAGUCAAAUUAACUAUCAUAUGACUAUACAUGUCAUUCUUUAAAUGAAAAUAGUUCAUUCAUGGAUAAACUAAUGUAAUUACAGAACAGGAUUAUCAUAUCUAAGAAGUUUUAUAAUGUUACUUUUCUCUAACAAGGAGAAAUUGUAAACUUUACCCCAUGAUUAAUAAUAUACACAUUUUGAUUUCAUUUCAAAGAUACAAUUUUACUUACAUUAUUUCAUUUAUAACCUUAAUAAUUAUCAUCUAUUUUUAGGUGUUAAUGUUCCACGAAGUCGUUUCUUACCAGUUAAAACUACUUCAGAUUUAUUAUUAGUAAUGUCUAAUUUGUAUGUAUUAGAUGGUGGAAGUUUAUCAUUGUCUCCAUUAAGAAGUUUUCCAUCUGUGCCUUUAGUAAAACUUGGUAAUCAUUUUAAAAAAGUUAAAGAUUUCUUAAGUCGAUUUACAAGUAUACCAGAUCUACUGGAAUUGGAUCAUUUAACUGUAUCAGGAGAUGUAUACUUUGGAAAAGGAGUAGUUUUAAAGGGUACAGUGAUUAUAGUUUCUAAUUUUGGUAAUCUUAUCAAUAUACCACCAGGUUCAAUAUUAGAAAAUAAAAUUGUUUCAGGAAAUCUACGCAUUUUAGAUCAUUAAAUUAUUUAACAUUUCAAGUCAAUUUAAAGUAUUACACUUUAUUAAUAGAACUUUAUAUUUGUCAUAUUUGUGCUUUCAUUAUUAUCAUUAUUAUUUAGUAUAAUUCAUUUGAAUAUCAUUGAAAAUGUUCUUAUUUAUAACUUCAUUUCACUUUACCUUAAUAUACUUACUGUAUCUUAUAUACCUAGACUGAUUUAGGUACACAUAAAUUAUACAUUUUGCCGUUUUCAUAUUAACUUAAUGAAGAAAGUGAUAAUCUUUUCUUUUUCAUUUUGUUUUCAAAUUGUAUGUAGGAAACAUUACAAAUUUAAAUAUAAUAAUAAUAAUAAUAAUAA